UGCAUCUGUUGUUUUUCCGGAAAUGAACCGUGCGGUCGGUGGAGCAACGAUGGCUAAUUCCUCGGGAAAACAAUCAAACAAAAAUGCAGGAAGAGGUUCUACAGGGGGUACCGGAGGAGUCAAUGGUCCUAAUGGUCCUCCGGUCAUGCCUCUCGCCUCCCCUCUCAUGGGCAAGAAAAAAAAGCCGUUUUUGGGCAUGCCCGCGCCACUAGGCUACGUACCUGGACUCGGUAGAGGUGCGACUGGUUUCACUACAAGAUCUGAUAUUGGUCCUGCUCGCGAUGCUAACGACCCAGUGGACGACCGUCAUGCACCCCCCGGAAAAAGGACGGUCGGGGAUCAGAUGAAAAAGAAUCAGGAAGAUGAAGAAGAGGAUCUGAACGACACCAACUAUGACGAGUUCAAUGGCUAUGCAGGAAGCCUGUUCUCCAGUGGUCCAUAUGAGAAAGAUGAUGAGGAGGCAGAUGCCAUAUAUGCAGCUUUGGACAAGAGGAUGGAUGAGAGACGAAAGGAGAGGAGGGAGCUGAGGGAAAAGGAUGAGAUUGAAAAGUACCGUAUGGAGCGUCCUAAGAUCCAGCAGCAGUUCUCUGAUCUUAAGAGGAAGCUGGCAGAGGUGUCUGAGGAGGAGUGGCUGAGCAUCCCAGAAGUGGGGGACGCCAGAAACAAGCGCCAGAGGAACCCACGCCACGAGAAACUAACCCCGGUCCCAGACAGCUUCUUCUCCAAGCACCUCCAGACGGGAGAGAAAAACACCUCAGUGGACCCGCUGCAGGGGUUGAACCUCCCAGGGGGUCUCAACACGCCCUUCCCAGGAGGCAUGACACCAGGCCUGAUGACCCCCGGGACAGGAGAGCUGGACAUGAGAAAGAUCGGCCAAGCCAGGAACACUCUCAUGGACAUGAGGCUCAGCCAGGUCUCUGACUCGGUGAGUGGGCAGACAGUGGUGGACCCAAAGGGCUACCUCACAGACCUCAACUCCAUGAUCCCCACACACGGAGGGGACAUCAGUGACAUUAAGAAGGCUCGUCUCCUGCUGAAGUCAGUGAGGGAGACCAACCCCCACCACCCCCCUGCAUGGAUCGCCUCAGCCAGGCUGGAGGAGGUGACAGGCAAGCUGCAGGUGGCCAGGAACCUCAUCAUGAAGGGCACAGAGAUGUGUCCCAAGAGCGAGGACGUGUGGCUGGAGGCCGCCAGGUUACAGCCAGGCGACACGGCCAAGGCUGUGGUGGCCCAGGCCGUGCGCCACCUGCCUGGCUCCGUCCGCAUCUACAUCCGAGCUGCAGAGCUGGAGACGGACGUCAGGGCCAAGAAACGUGUCCUGAGGAAGGCCCUGGAGAACGUGUCCAAGUCUGUGCGUCUGUGGAAGACGGCUGUGGAGCUGGAGGAACCUGAGGAUGCCAGGAUCAUGCUCAGCAGAGCUGUGGAGUGCUGCCCCACCAGCGUAGAGCUGUGGCUGGCCCUGGCCCGCCUGGAGACCUACGAGAACGCCCGUCGCGUUCUGAACAAGGCUCGCGAGAACAUCCCCACUGACCGUCACAUCUGGAUCACGGCGGCCAAGCUGGAGGAGGCCAACGGCAACACUCAGAUGGUGGAGAAGAUCAUAGACAGAGCCAUCACCUCUCUGGGGGCCAACGGAGUGGAGAUCAACAGGGAACAGUGGAUACAGGAUGCAGAGGAGUGUGACAAGGCAGGCAGCGUGGCCACGUGUCAGGCAGUGAUCCGGGCGGUCAUAGGGAUCGGGAUUGAGGAAGAGGACUGCAAACAUACCUGGAUGGAAGAUGCAGAGAGUUGUGUGUCCCACGGGGCGCUGGAGUGUGCCCGUGCCAUCUAUGCCCACGCCCUGCAAAUGUUCCCCAGCAAGAAGAGCGUGUGGCUCCGAGCAGCUUACUUUGAGAAGAACCACGGUACAAGGGAAUCUCUGGAGGCCUUGCUGCAGAGGGCUGUGGCUCACUGUCCCAAGGCCGAGGUCCUCUGGCUGAUGGGGGCCAAGUCUAAGUGGCUGGCGGAGGAUGUGCCCGCUGCUAGGAGCAUCCUUGCUCUGGCCUUCCAGGCCAACCCUAACAGUGAGGAGAUCUGGCUGGCUGCUGUGAAGCUGGAGUCAGAGAAUAACGAGUAUGAGAGAGCCAGACGUCUGCUGGCCAAGGCCCGCAGCAGCGCCCCCACCGCCAGGGUGUUUAUGAAGUCUGUGAAGCUGGAGUGGGUGCUGGGGAACAUUGAGGCAGCCCAUGAACUGUGCACAGAGGCCCUGAAGCACUACGAGGACUUCCCCAAGCUGUGGAUGAUGAGGGGCCAGAUAGAGGAGCAGGGUGAACACAUGGACAAGGCCAGAGAGGCCUACAACCAGGGGUUGAAGAAGUGCCCCCAUUCCAUGCCUCUGUGGCAACUUCUGUCUCGGCUGGAGGAGAGGAUUGGUCAACUGACCAGAGCCAGAGCCAUCCUGGAGAAGGCCCGUCUCAAGAAUCCCCAGAGUCCUGAGCUAUGGUUGGAGUCUGUCAGGUUGGAGUAUAGGGCAGGACUGAAGAACAUUGCCAGCACACUGAUGGCCAAGGCCCUGCAGGAGUGCCCCAACUCAGGUAUUCUGUGGGCUGAGGCUGUGUUCCUGGAGGCCAGACCACAGAGGAAGACAAAGAGUGUGGACGCUCUGAAGAAGUGUGAACACGACCCCCACGUCCUGCUGGCUGUGGCCAAGUUAUUCUGGAGUGAGCGUAAGAUCACCAAGGCCAGAGAGUGGUUCCUCAGGACUGUGAAGAUCGAGCCGGACCUGGGAGACGCCUGGGCUCUCUUCUACAAGUUUGAGCAGCAGCAUGGGUCAGAGGAGCAGCAGCAGGAGGUGCGUAAGCGCUGUGAGAAUGCAGAGCCUCGCCACGGGGAACUUUGGUGUGCUGAGUCCAAACAUGUCCUCCACUGGCAGAAGAAGAUAGGAGAGAUCCUCACACAAGUCGCAUCCAAGAUCAAAAAUACCUUCUGAACCAGAACUUUGACCACAGUCGAGUUGGCUGUGAAGAUGAUACUGAUACCAUCACAGCAACAGUGAAACACACACACACACACACAGACUCCAGGAAACAGUCUUUGUCUUUGCAGUAUGUUACACUGUAAACUGACACCACCUUUUAAGAUGUUUUUGUGUUUGGCAUAAUCUAUUCCAACUGAUAUUAUAGUUAUUACUGGGGCAAAGAAAGCUCUGCAUACAUUGUGCUUUGGAACACCGUUUUUGUAACCUUAUUUUAUGUAACUCAAGAAUUCCUUGACCCUAAAAAUGCUUUUUAACUCUGGCCAGCUGAGUUUUUGAAUGCAUGUCUUCAAGUCAUCAUUCUUCUUCGUAGGGUAUACUGACACCCUUGGCUCUGAUAAGAAAUAAGACAAUAAGAAGGUCAUUGUAUUAUUUUUAUUUUUACAACUUGUGUAGAAAGAUGGAUUGAUUGUAGUUUUGUCAAGAUGCAGUGCUGCUGUCAUGCAUUAGCCUGCUUAUGGUUAAAACUGUUCUGUUGGAAGACUCAAUAAACAACUGAGACGACACUGA